UGGCAACUCAGCAGUUUUUAAGGUAUUUACAUUUUCGGUUCAGUUUUAUUGAGGAUUUGACAAAAUUGUUGCGCGGCUCUUUGAAAAUGAGAAAUACUGGUAAACAUGAACCAAUUCCGAAAGGAACCACUAUACUUGAGUCAGUGCCAUUCGUUUAUUGUUUAAAGAGCAGUUUCCGAAGAGAACUGUGUGACUUUUGCUUGAAGGCGAAUUCAAAUUUAAGGAAAUGCCUUGGUUGUAUGGUUGUGUCUUACUGUGGAAGGGUGUGUCAACGUGAAGGAUGGAAAGAUCACAAAGGAGAAUGUAAAAAUUUUGUGAGGGUGAAGCCCAAUGUCCCUACAGAUUCAGUACGCCUAAUAGCAAGACUCAUAUUAAAAUUGCAGAGAGGAGGUGAUAUGGAAGCUGAGCAUGUAACACCAAUCUGGUCUAGAAAGUUCAAGGAUUUGUUGUCUCAUCGAAAAGAAAUCAAAGAAGACACCAAAAGAAUGGAAUAUUUCAUGACCAUCUGUGGGGUUUUAAAUGAAUAUCUGAGUAAUGAGAUUUUUCCAAAUUCUGUUGAACUACUUGGUAUUUAUGGUCGGAUGUGUAUCAACAGUUUCAACAUUUUAAAUGGCGAGAUGCAGGCAAUCGGCACUGGUAUAUACCUAGCACCAUCUAUUCUUGAUCAUUCUUGUUCUCCCAACGCGGUUGCAACUUUUGAUGGAUUCAAACUACGAAUUCAACUCACGCAAGAGCUGCCAAAACUUGAAUGGGACUCCAUCCGCAUUAGCUACAUUGAUUUGAUGAAUUCUAAGAGUCACAGAAAGAAAGAACUGAAAGACAGAUAUUACUUUGAUUGCGAUUGCCCUCGUUGCAAAAAUGACGAUAUCGAUUGCUAUCAUUACGCCGCGAAGUGCCCAACUUGCCAAAAACCAGUUAUAGCCAAGAAAGGUGAACAAUUUCCUCCCUGCGUUUGCGGAUCCCAGCUUAAUUCAUCGCUAGCAAAACAAUUUUGGGAAGCUUCCGAAUUUAGUGAGCAACAGCUGUUGUUAAUGCAGGAAACAAAUUAUUUAGACGUUUGCAAAUUGUGCAUUGCAAAACAAGAAAAUCUAUUUCAUGAUGUAUGCCUUGUCCGAUCGAAAAUUAUGGAUGCAGCUUUUGACUCAGCAAUUCAACUUCAGUUGUGGGAAGCGGCAAUUCAAUAUGGAAUCCCCCUGAUUCAGGCGUACAAGUUAUGGUAUGGAGAAGAGCAUCCCCUAACAGCUAUACUGCUAUUGAAACUCUUUAAAAUUACGUUGCUAAUAUCAACAACGAAUGAUUCCGUUGCACAAAAAUAUUACGAAGAGGCCGCUAAAAUACUUGAAAUCACCCAUGGAAGGGACAGUUCAUUUUACCGGCAAGAGGUUAAACCUUUGAUUCGUCAAUUAAGCUGAAUGUGAAAUUUAUUGAAAGCGAAAAUACUGAAAAUAUCAGUGGAAUAUGGAGGAUAGCUGCAGCUUAAUCAGAAUCUUCGUCUUCAUUUUCUCGAAUUGUUUUCUUGUUUUUUAUCUUCAGUUUUGAUUUUGUAGCUUGGCCAGGUGGAACCAAGAGGUCACCAGAAUAUUCAAUUACAUCAGCAUGAGCUAUCCUCCACUCUAA